AUGGCCUCAAAAGGUUCAUCUAUUUGCAAGGGAUCUGACCUGAUUCACGACUAUAGUUGCUCCAAGUGCGAGGAAAAUGACCUUAACACUGAAGCACAGCACUUCUGUCCACAGUGUGAACACUAUCUGUGUGGCAAAUGUGUAAGAAUUCAUGGGGAGUAUUUCAAGAAGCACGCUGUGUAUGAGCGUGGAGAAAUUCAAAAGUGGGCGGGGUUCUCCAUGGAUAGAUGUGACAAGCAUGGCAAAGAGCUGGAAGUCCACUGUGAUGACCACCAGGAAUUGUGCUGCAGUGUCUGUGUGGCCCUUAACCACAGGCUGUGUAGCAGCAUCAGUCACCUACCUGACCUGGCCAAGGGCUUCCUGAAGACAGAAGAGUUCAAGCAGCUGCCAGUAGCAGUGGACAAGAUGAGGUACAGGCUGGAUGAGCUCAAGACUAAUUGGACGAAAGACCAAGCCUCACUGAAAGACUCCUACAAGAACAUCCUGGUUGAAAUCAAGGCGCUCCGCAAAGAAAUAAACCAGAUCUUAGACAAGCUGGAGAAGAAGACAGUUGAACAGUUGGAUAGCAUGAUGGAAGAUUUAAAGAAGUCUAUAAAAGAUGAUUUAGAAACCCUUGGCCAUAUGGAUGACCAACUCAAGACCUUAAUUGAGAAGCUCCAGCAGACAACUGGCAAAAACAAGGACACCAUACCUUACAUUGGAUUCAGAAAAUGCCAGUCUAUACUUAGUGAAGCGAAUCGUUUUGUGCAAGAAAUAAGAGUAAAAGAAGGAAUGAAGUUCAAAUCUGAUGAAAGUGUAUUACCAUUUCUGAGAAACCUAAAGCGCCUUGGCAAUGUUGAAAGUGUUUUUUCCACUUAUGUGUAUAAGGUUCAGAGUUUAAGUCAUUAUAAGGUAAGAAUAAAGAAGGACAAGAAUAAUUGCAGUAUUAAAGGUGUAUGUGGGUUGGCAAAUGGAGAGAUGGUUAUUGCUGAUUAUAACAACAUAAGAGUGAAGCUUCUGAACAGGCAGUAUGCGGUCAUUGACCACUUUGAUCUGCCUUCUACUCCUCAACACUUGUGUCACACCACAGACAAUGUUAUAGCAGUAGCUGUAAGUGACUUCUCUACUAUUAAUGAGGUCUACUUCCUCACAGUGACCAAAGGGAAGCUACAAUCAAUGAGAAAGUUCACCACAGACCACUGCUGUCAUUCCAUUGCUCACCACAAAGGCCAGCUAUAUGUGGGCUCCUUUGAUGGCCUGUACCUAUAUUCUAUGGAUGGAAGACUUCUUAAGACGAUAUAUGAAGCCUUGUCUUGUGUUAGGACAGUGUACAAUUGUGCUGUCUCUCCUACUGGGAAGAGAUUAUAUGUUACAAAUGAUUAUAUCUCUAAAUUAUUAACAUUUGAUAAAACCGGUCAAGUGUUAUUUACAGUAGAAUACCCUGACCUAAAAAAUCCAACUGGACUAUUUGUCAGCCCCAGUGACCAUGUGUUUGUGUGUGGGCGGGGGUCUAUCGCUGUGGUACAGGUAGACAAGGAGGGGAAACAGAAGGUGACCACAGUGGCCAGCGAGGCUGAUGGCAUUUGUUGCCCUCAGUCAGUGUGGUUUAGUGGACAAACCUCAACUCUCAUUGUUGGGAAUUAUGAGGAGAACGACAUAACUGUUAUCAAGUUGUGUUGA